UAACUGGAAAAUAAAAUAACUAGAAAAAUUACAAAAUAUAAUAAAUGAAUAAGAAAUUAAUUAAACUUUUAGUAAAAACACAAUGUGAUCUGCAAUAACUGUAAAUGUGUAUAUAUAGACAAAGAAAUACCGUUAAGCGUUAGAAGGAUGUGUAUGUGUGUGUGUGUGUGUGAGUGUAUUAAACGUUAACAGAUUUUUUCAAGCCAAGUCAAAAAAAAAAGCCAAAUACAAUAGCAGCGAUAACAGAGCGAUUACAUCGAUUACAUCAAUAACAGCAAACGAUAACACCAAUUUAACAUAAAUAUAAAAAAUAUAUAUCUAUGUAGUAUAUAGUAUAUGGAUACUGUAUAGAUGUGCCUAUAUGUUUUGCUAUAGCUAUAGCCACACACACACAAACAUUGACAUUAACGACAAUUGUAAAUAAUGACCAAGAAGUACGAAUUCGAUUGGAUCAUUCCGGUUCCGCCGGAACUGACCACAGGGUGUGUCUUCGAUCGCUGGUUCGAGAAUGAGAAGGAAACCAAAGAGAAUGAUUUUGAGCGCGAUGCUCUCUUCAAGGUCGAUGAGUAUGGAUUCUUUCUCUACUGGAAGAGCGAGGGUAGAGAUGGUGAUGUCAUCGAGUUGUGUCAAGUGAGCGAUAUUCGUGCCGGCGGCACUCCAAAGGAUCCUAAAAUUCUCGAUAAGGUUACCAAAAAGAAUGGCACGAAUAUUCCGGAACUGGAUAAACGAUCCCUGACCAUCUGCUCGAACACGGACUAUAUCAAUAUAACAUAUCAUCAUGUUAUUUGCCCGGAUGCGGCAACAGCCAAGAGCUGGCAAAAGAUGUUGCGUCAAAUAACGCAUAACAAUAAAGCCACCAACGUGUGUCCUCGCACCAAUCUAAUGAAACAUUGGAUGCGUCUCAGUUAUUGUGUGGAGAAGAGCGGCAAAAUUCCGGUCAAGACGUUGGCUAAAACAUUCGCAUCUGGUAAAACCGAGAAGCUGGUCUAUACGUGCAUCAAAGAUGCGGGUCUGCCAGAUGAUAAGAAUGCCACCAUGACUAAGGAACAGUUCACAUUCGAGAAAUUCUAUGCGCUAUAUCACAAGGUCUGUCCGCGCAAUGAUAUCGAGGAAUUGUUCACAUCGAUCACCAAGGGUAAACAGGACUAUAUCAGUCUAGAGCAGUUUGUGCAGUUUAUGAAUGAGAAACAACGUGAUCCGCGCAUGAACGAGAUUCUAUUCCCAUUGUACGAGGAGAAACGUUGCACAGAGAUUGUCAACGAUUAUGAGCUAGAUGAGGAAAGGAAGAAGAGCUUGCAACUCUCGUUGGACGGCUUCAAGCGUUAUUUAAUGUCCGAUGAGAAUGCGCCCGUGUUUCUGGAUCGUCUCGAUUUCUAUAUGGAAAUGGAUCAACCGUUGGCACAUUAUUACAUCAACAGUUCACAUAAUACAUAUUUAUCGGGUCGCCAGAUUGGUGGUAAGAGCUCCGUCGAAAUGUACCGCCAAACUUUGCUGGCCGGCUGUCGUUGUGUCGAAUUGGAUUGCUGGAAUGGCAAGGGGGAGGAUGAGGAACCAAUUGUUACCCACGGUCAUGCCUACUGUACGGAAAUCUUGUUCAAGGAUUGCAUUCAGGCCAUUGCGGAUUGCGCGUUUGUCUCAUCCGAAUAUCCGGUGAUUCUCUCCUUCGAGAAUCAUUGCAAUCGCGCCCAGCAAUAUAAGUUAGCUAAAUACUGUGAUGAUUUCUUUGGUGAUCUGCUGCUGAAGGAGCCGCUCUCGGAUCAUCCGUUGGAUCCGGGCUUGCCGUUGCCACCACCGUGUAAACUAAAGCGCAAGAUUCUCAUUAAAAACAAGCGAAUGAAGCCCGAGGUGGAGAAAGUCGAACUGGAGCUGUGGCUGAAGGGUGAGCUGAAGACCGACGAUGAUCCCGAGGAGGAUGCGAGUGCUGGCAAGCCGCCAGAGGCAGCUGCCGCUCCGGCUCCUGCACCCGAGGCAGCUGCUGCCGAUGCCUCCGCCGAGGGAGCGGGCGGUGCCGAGGCGGAGGCCGCUGCGGCCAAUUACAGUGGUUCCACCACCAAUGUGCAUCCCUGGCUCUCAUCAAUGGUCAAUUAUGCGCAGCCCAUUAAGUUCCAGGGCUUCGACAAGGCAAUCGAAAAGAACAUUGCCCACAACAUGUCGUCGUUUGCGGAGUCGGCGGGCAUGAAUUAUUUGAAGCAGAGCUCCAUUGACUUUGUCAAUUACAACAAGCGUCAGAUGUCGCGUAUUUAUCCGAAGGGAACGCGAGCCGAUUCCUCGAAUUAUAUGCCGCAGGUCUUUUGGAAUGCCGGUUGCCAGAUGGUCUCAUUGAAUUUCCAGACCUCCGAUUUGCCGAUGCAACUGAAUCAGGGCAAAUUCGAGUAUAAUGGCGGUUGCGGUUAUCUCUUAAAGCCGGACUUUAUGCGACGUGCCGAUAAGGAUUUUGAUCCGUUUGCGGAUGCACCUGUGGAUGGUGUAAUUGCCGCCUGUUGUUCGGUGAAGGUAAUUGCCGGACAGUUCUUGUCGGACAAGAAGGUGGGCACCUAUGUGGAGGUGGAUAUGUUUGGACUGCCCUCGGAUACGGUGAAGAAGGAGUUUCGUACACGUCUGGUGCCCAACAACGGCCUCAAUCCGGUAUACAACGAGGACCCUUUUGUAUUCCGUAAAGUCGUCUUACCCGAUUUGGCGGUACUACGUUUCGGUGUCUAUGAGGAGAGCGGCAAGAUGAUUGGACAGCGAAUUCUGCCCUUGGAUGGUCUACAGCCGGGCUAUCGUCAUGUCUCGCUGCGCACGGAGGCGAACUUUCCCAUGUCCUUGCCCAUGUUAUUUGUGAACAUCGAAUUGAAAAUCUAUGUACCUGAUGGCUUUGAGGAUUUCAUGGCCAUGCUGUCGGAUCCGCGAGGAUUUGCCGGCGCUGCCAAACAGCAGAAUGAACAAAUGAAGGCGCUGGGCAUUGAGGAGCAGAGCGGCGGAGCCGCUCGGGAUGCCGGUAAGGCCAAGGAGGAGGAGAAAAAGGAGCCACCGCUCGUUUUUGAGCCGGUCACCCUCGAAUCGUUGCGGCAGGAGAAGGGCUUUCAGAAGGUGGGCAAAAAGCAGAUCAAGGAGCUGGAUACACUGCGCAAAAAACAUGCCAAGGAGCGCACUUCGGUGCAGAAGACACAAAACGCGGCGAUCGAUAAACUGAUCAAGGGCAAGAGCAAAGAUGAUAUACGCAACGAUGCGAAUAUCAAGAAUGCCAUCAAUGAUCAGACCAAACAAUGGACGGACAUGAUUGCCCGGCAUCGCAAGGAGGAGUGGGACAUGCUCCGGCAGCAUGUGCAGGACUCGCAGGAUGCCAUGAAGGCGCUCAUGCUGACCGUGCAGGCGGCACAGAUCAAACAGCUCGAGGAUCGUCAUGCCAGGGAUAUCAAGGAACUGAAUGCUAAGCAGGCCAAGACAUCGGCUGACACCGCCAAGGAGGUGCAGAAUGACAAGACACUCAAGACGAAGAACGAGAAGGAUCGUCGGCUGCGCGAGAAGCGACAGAACAAUGUCAAGCGUUUCAUGGAGGAGAAAAAGCAAAUCGGCGUUAAACAGGGACGUGCCAUGGAGAAAUUGAAAUUGGCGCAUUCGAAGCAAGUUGAGGAAUUUAGUACCGAUGUGCAAAAGCUUAUGGAUAUGUACAAAAUCGAGGAGGAGGCCUAUAAAACCCAAGGAAAAACGGAAUUUUAUGCUUAAAAAGAAUAUUCCCCAACAACAACAACAAGCAUCAAGAACAACAACAACAACAACUCCGAUGUUUAUCAAAUGCAUGCAAAAAAAAAAGAAAAAAAGAGAACUUAUUUAAAAAGAAAAGAAAAGAAAACUCUAUAAGUUCUUUUAAGUAUAUAAGUGUAUGAAGUAUACCCUAUAAAAAUUGUAUAUCUACUACUAGAAAGAAAGUAAACACUUUGUGCUUUAUACUUAUUUAAGAUGUUUAACACACACCCUAACACACCCCAACACACCUACACAUACAUUCAUAUAUACACAGGAUAUUCUAUAUAUGAUAAUUGUUGAAAUUAUUUCAAAAGAAUGCCCAUCUCCAAUUAAUCAAAUCUACAUUUAAAUACAAAGAAAGAACAAUGAAAAUCUAAAAAAAAAAACAACAAUAAAUAAAAGUAUAUUCUAAACAAAAAAAAUACUAGUAAUACCAAAUGUGUUGGUAUUUUUGUGCAUGAACAAAACGAUACACCGAUAAGCUUAGAUCAUGCCCCCAAACCCCCUGACCCUUAAAUAUAAUAUAUAUAACUAUCCAAAGUUCUCAAGAGAUUGAGCCCAGAAAUUCAGAGCGCAUAGCGCUAGUUUUUUUUUUCUACGUUUAAAUGUUGAAGUGAAAAAGGCGAGAGAGAGAACAAUUACAAAAAAUACCAACCGCAGUAUAUACUAAACGUACGUAUGUUUCAAUGCAAAAAAGAAAAGAAAAAUACUAAACAUAUACAUAUGUGUUUCCGAUUUUCCACCUAACAGCUUAGCAAAUAAAUAAAUACCUAUGUAUUAUGUAUGAUAACCGUAAUAACACAAAAACCGACUAUCCACAAAACAAGAAAAUACCUAUAAAAAAAAUUUAAAAAAUAAAACAAAAAAAUAACAUAAAUUAUUUAAGACAAAAGAACAAGUAUUUCAACUAUAGACAAGUAUAAAGUGCUGUGCUGGCAGUAAAAUAUUUGUAUUUUUCAACAAAAGCAAAGAAAAUACCAAAUAAAAUACUAAAGCAUUUAUUUUUAAUAAAUGCAACAAAAAAAAAAAUAAAUAAGAAACAGAUACUUCAAAAUGCUUAAAAAUACCAACAAAAAGAAAUUAAUUUAAUGUAUGUACAUCCCAAUUUACUGCGUAACGAUCUAUGUGCAUAACCUCAAAAAAAUACCAAACAAUAAAUUAAUUUCUGCUAAAAAAAAAAAAAAAAAAAAAAAACAUAAAUAAAUAAAAAUAAAAUAAAAUGAGAAAAAAGUAUAAGUUUAAGUGUUUAUAAAUAUAAUAACUCUCUUUUAGUAUGAUCAAUUCAAAUGAAACACCCCUACCGGCUAUAGUUAUAUACGAAUAUAACCCAUAUAUAUAUUUGAUAUGGUCUCACAUAGCAGUACCGUCAAUGGAUAAUACUAAAAAACAAGGAAGUCAAACACAUGAAAAGAAAAUACUAAAAACUUGUUAAACUUUAUAUCAAACGAAAAGCGAAGCGUUCAAUUUUUUGAAGAACAAAAUCAAAAUCAAAAAAAGGAAAAGAAAUACAAAUACAAAUACUUCGUUUAACAGCAAAAUACUUUCGCAAAAUUUUACAAAAGUAGCCAAAGAAUAACAAAUUUAAAAAAAAUACCAACAAGACGAAGUUAGAUAAUAUACCAAGUUUGCUUUCGAGUUGAAUUCACUUAGGUUGCACUCAAAAUUGUUGUUUCUGUUCGCAUGUAUUGUAGUUGUUGCAAAAAAAUACCAAAAUAUUUAAGAAAAAAAUACUAAGUUAAGAAGAUAAAGAGAAAAAAAUACUGUACUGUAUAUUUAUUGAUUAGAACAAUCCAAGCGUUUAUUUCACUUGAAUGUGCCCUAAAAAAAAAAAACGAAAU